UUUUUUUGUUUUUUUUUUUUUUGGUAUUGUGAAAAUAACUUUGUUUCAAAACUCAUUAUCAUCAAAGAGAAAGGAAAAGAAAAGAAAAAGGCAGAUCCAAGGAAGGUGGUUAAUCUGUCAAUCCCAUCAAUCAGUCAAACCCCAAUCUAGAUCGACUCCGACCAAUCAUCAAUCAAAAUUUUUUUUUUCAUAAAAGUGAAGAAUUACAAUAAUUUUUUUGGAUAUGUCAUCUUCUUCAUCUUCUUCUUCUUCACCUACUUCUACUACUACUACGACUACGUUAUCUCAACAACAUCUGCAGCAGCAGCAGCAGCAACAGCAGCUGGACCACCACCUUCCUUCUCCUGAGCAACUCUGUUAUGUCCAUUGUAAUAUUUGCGACACUGUCCUUGCGGUUAGUGUUCCUUGUUGUAGUUUGUUUAAAACUGUGACAGUGCGAUGUGGACACUGCACUAAUCUGUUGCCUGUCAACAUGCGUGGCCUUCUUCUGCCUUCACCUAAUCAAUUUCAUCAGCUUGGCCACUCUUUCUUUUCUCCUUCUCAUAACAUUCUCGAAAAUAUGGCUACACCAAAUUCCAAUUAUCUCAUCAACCAGUUUGGAGCUACUACUAACAAUUUUGGAAUGCCAUCUCGAGGAGUUACUGACGAGCUCCCUAGGCCACCCGUUAUCAAUAGACCUCCGGAGAAGAGACAGAGAGUGCCUUCUGCAUACAACCGUUUCAUCAAGGACGAGAUCCAACGAAUCAAGUCUGUGAAUCCCGAUAUAUCCCAUAGGGAAGCCUUCAGUGCCGCUGCUAAGAAUUGGGCCCACUUUCCACACAUUCACUUUGGUCUCAUGCCCGACCAGACAGUGAAGAAGACAAAUAUCCGCCAGCAGGAAGGAGAUACUCAGAAUGUUCUGAUGAAAGAUAAUGGAUUCUAUGCUUCAGCCAAUGUUGGUGUCUCCCACUUCUGAGUCAUUGGUGGGGUUAUUAUAUCAUAUGGAUAUCUGUUUUUCUCUCUCAACUACCACCAAAAUUCCUAUCAUCAUUAUUACUUACUUUUUAAUCCCAUCUACUACUACUACUAGUGCUCAUGUGUUGAUAUAUUAAUUAUAUCUUAAAUACUCUCUACUCCUAAGUUAGCUACCAUGUAAUUUCCCUUUUAAUGUUAUGUUGAUUAUGAACUAGCUACUAUAUAUUUGGCUCACUACCACUACUACUUGAUCAAUGCAUCUUAAUUAGUGUGUUGUCAUGACUA